AUGAUCGGCGGCGGCCAGCUGCUGCGCAACGCCGUGGCCUACGCCGCGGUGCUGCGCCGGGCGGUGAGGAUCCAAAACGUGCGCGGCGGGAGGACGCCCCCGGGUCUGCGGCCUGGGCACCUGGCGGCGCUCAACGCCUCGGCCGCCUUCUGCGGCGCGCAGUUGGCCGGCGCCGCCGUGGGCAGCGCCGAGGUGGCCUUUGACGCGCGUUCCGCGGUGGCCAGAGCAGGCGAGCUGGUGGUGGACGCGGGCACAGGAGGCUCGACGAUGCUGAUGCUACAAGCGCUGCUUCCCUCGAUGCUGGCGCGCUCUCUGGCGGAAGGCAAGGAGGUGGAGGUCGUCUUCAAAGGCGGCACCAAUGUUUGCUCGCCCCCGGGCAAAGGCCCCUUCCAGAUCAACGCGCCCCAGGUGGAUUACACUCGGCUGGUUCUUUUUCCGGUGCUACGCCAUCUCUUUGGUGUGCAUUUAGAGAUGCAGGUGCGGCACCGUGGCUUCCUGCAGGGCGGGGGGGAGGUCCUGGUGCGCGCCUUCGCGCCCAAGGCGCUGUGCGCCUUCGAGCUGCUGGCGCGGGGCGAGAUCUGCGCAGCGCGGGGGGCGGCGUAUCGCUCCGCGGGAGUGCCGAAAGACGUGCUGCCGCGGAUGCUGGAAGGAGAGAUGAAGAAGCGGCCCGCCGGGGCGGCGGUGGUGCUGCGGGAGCAGCUGCCGGAGGUUUCCGUGCAGUGGGACUGCGAGGAGUGCCCAUCCGCAGAGAAAAGUGACGCUUGCGGCCUGGUGGUGGCACUGGAGACGACCGCAGGCUGCGUCUUGGGGGGCGAUUCAAUGGGCCGCCGGGGCACCAGCGCGGAGAGCGUGGGCGAAGAGGCGGCCCAUGCGGCGCUCGCGGCGCUCGCGACCGGCGGCUGCUGUGAUGAGCACCUGGAGGAGAUCCCCAGAGUCUCGCCGGAUGCCGCCGGCAGGAUCAGCUGGUGGUCUUCAUGGCGCUGGCGCGGGGCACUUCGCGCCUGCGGCUGGGGAAGCAGCGGUCGCUACAUCUGCAGACAGCGCUUUGGCUCGCGGAAGGCUUCGGCGCGUCAGUGCGGAUCGUGCCAGACCCAGACGGCGACAUUCUGGAAGUCACCGGCAUGCUGUGAGAGACUCUCGCCGACCUGUCCAGCCGAGAAGCGAUUUCUGGAUGAAGCGUUUGGUGGAUCGUCAGACUUUUGUGCCGCUUCAACCAACAUUUGGGUACACCAACAAAUGAACUUGCAAGUCAACCAACAACAUGUGCGGACUUUGAUCGAAUCGAGAAAUUGCUGAGGGAUCUCAUCGUUUUUGGUCGACGGUUUUUCACGGCGCCAGCAUGUACAGUGUAC